AUGAAUGAAGCUAUGAUCCGGAUAGAGAUGGCGUUAAUCGGAAAGAAGAAAUUGGGUUUUGUGGAUGGUACCAUACCUGAGCUAAAUCCAGACGAUUUGCUUUAUCCCAGUUGGAGAAGAUGUAACAAUGUUGUUAAGUCAUGGAUCCUUAGUUCUGUGCAUCAAGAAGUUUCAGAAGGUGUGAUUUACUUACCCACAGCGCAAGAGGGAAGAACUGAAGGAAGGCUAUCGACAGAACAAUGGGCCCAGAAUCUUUCAGAUCAAGAAGGAAUUAUGCAGCUUACAACAGGGAUCGAUGUCGGUUACAGCUUACUAUACUCAGCUGAAGAAGCUUUUGGAACGAUUGAAGGAGUCUCAACCAAUUACAGACGCCAACAGGGCAGAAAUAUCUAUUUGCGUAUAUAA